GGGGCUGUUUGGAUAUGCUAAAAUAUAAAUUGAUACAGUGAUAAAUCGUGAGAGAUUGGCAGAGACGAAUCAUAGAGCGACGAUGUAUGGAAUGGGGACACCGCUUAGCACCGCUGUACUACACCAAGACGCGGAGCAGCACCACCCUCAGAUCGCCGACGAGGAGGAAGACAACGACGACUCCGGCGCCGAUGGGUGUGGCGGCGAGGACUCGAUUGAUGAGGCUUCUCCUCACGUCCAAUUCGAACCACACUCUCACUCCCAGGCUCUUCACAACGGCUCCAUGGACGCUGCAGCGCCGAUGAAUGGCGUGGACAGCGUUUCCCCUCGCGCUCUCUAUGCUCCCGGAGGGUCGGAGAUUGUUGUUCAUCCUACUGCCGGGGGUGGGGCUGAUCAGCUUACCCUGUCGUUUCAGGGUGAAGUCUAUGUAUUCGAUGCCGUUUCACCUGAAAAGGUUCAGGCAGUGCUGUUGCUGUUGGGUGGAUAUGAAGUGCCCUCUGCUAUUCCCACUGUUGGAGUGCCAUCCCAAAGUCAAAGGGGUGUGGGUGAAUAUCCUGGAAGGUUGAGUCAGCAUCAAAGGGCUGCUUUUUUGGAUCGCUUUAGGGAGAAGAGGAAAGAACGUUGUUUUGAUAAAAAGAUUCGCUAUACUGUGAGGAAGGAAGUUGCACUGAGGAUGCAACGUAAGAAGGGUCAAUUUACAUCUACCAAGUCGGUAUCUGAUGAAGCAGGUUCAUCAUCUGCAGAUUGCAACUCAGUUUCUGGACAAGAAGAUCAGGAAAUAUUUUGUAGACAUUGUGGAAUUAGUUCCAAAGCUACACCAAUGAUGCGCCGUGGACCAGCUGGCCCGAGGUCACUUUGCAAUGCAUGUGGACUCAAGUGGGCCAACAAGGGAAUUUUAAGAGAUCUGUCUAAAGUUCCAGCCACUGCAGUUCAAGAUCACGCCAUUAAGAUUGGCGGACAGAACAAUGGUGAAGCAAACGGUUCUCACGCGAUGACCAUUGCUGGCGAUGCCAUUAUGUUAAACUACGAUAACCCAGCACCAACGGCUGAAAAGUGAAGUUAUUGGUCACCGGUUUACUUGUAUACAUAUAGGGUACAGGUGUGAGAACUCAAAAUAAUGAAAGACAGUGACUUGAACUUCAUCUUUCUCUGUGGAAUCGAGCUCGGAUUCAGGCUGUACAUAGAAAUCUGUACUAGUUUCAAAUGCACAUUUUGGAGUGAAUGAAGGCUAGGUUUUAGGUUUUCUAGUAUAAAGCUUUAGAAUUUUGUUCAUUACAUUUGAAAUAUGCACAUCCCAGUGAAAGCGUCUUUAGCUAUGUUUGUGGUCUACGUAUCCAUCUUGUAUGGGGAUUGCAAAUUGGCAAUAGAUUUGUUAUUGAAGUAAUGGUAAUAACUCUUAUUCUGUCUGGAA